GGUCGGACGCCCACGCAGCCAUUGCCUAUUUAUUCCCCCCUUUCGUCUUCUUUUUCCACCCUAUUUCUUCUCAAACCCUAGACUUUUGUCCUACGUGCUUUCUGUCCACAGAUUCGCUUCGUCGAUCAUCUCUUUCGAGUAAUUUCGUUCGGCGAGAAGAGGAGAGGAAAGAGAGAAUGACUCGCGGCAACCAGAGGGAGCGCGAUCGUGAGAGAGCCCAGGCUCGGAAGUCCCAGGGGAAGGGAAGAAACGAUGGCCUGACUCCCGAGCAGCGCCGUGAAAGGGAUAAGAAAGCGCUGGAAGAGAAGGCGGCGAAGAAGGCAGGGCAGGAAUCUUCUGGCGGAGCGGCGGCGGAUACGAAAAAUAAAGGCGAUGCUAAGAAGUAGUGGAGGGAGGCGGCCUGGCAGAUCUAAUCCUUGGAGGCAUCUUUAGUUGAGUUUCAUGGUUUAUGUUAUCUUUUUUUCCUGUGGUUCUCGUCUCCUGAUGUCUCAAGUAUUAUGGGUCUUAGUUGGUCUGUUUUCGUAAAAAUUGUGCCUUUGUGAUCCGUAAGACGAUACGGAUUGGUUAGGAGUUCGUGUAUCUGUACCAUUUCUAUAAUUAUUGCUUCCUUUCUGAUUAAAUAGACUCUUUGUUGCAAGUUUUAUGUUC